UGGCCUGUUUUAAAUGCAGUGGGUGAUAGAGAUAGAGAUAUAGAGGUCAGUCGUGUUUGUGUUACUGAGUCAGUGUGGGUCAGAUGAGCUGAUCCCAGACCUGUCCACGAAACACACGUGAAGAGGAAGAGUUCCGCGUGGAUAUCUGUGACUUAUCCAACAUCUGAUCUCUCCAAUCCUCUCUCUCUCACUCACACACACACACACACACACACACACACACACACACACACACACACACACACACUUUCCAGUUCCUUACAGACUCUUCCACCUGUUCAGUUCUCGCACUCGCACACUUGAUGCGCUCCGUGCUCAGAUACUGAACUCAGAGCCACACUAUUACUGACUGAUGAGAUUAUUAUAGAUUAUAAGAAGAAUAUUCAGUGAGAACGCUUGUGGGAUGCGUGACUGAGGCAGGAGGAACGACUACUAAACUUAUUGGACUGUUACUGGGAUGAAGAGGAUCAUUUUGUGGAAGACACACUCGAGCGUUUAUUUGUUUUUUAUACAUAUAUAAAUAUAUACAAUUUUUAAUACUGAAUUAGUAAUACAAAUAAUUUUAUUUUGCACCGUUAUGUUUAUUAUCUUACUAUUAAAUGACUAAGAAACGACGCUUGCAGACUCAGCAUGUGGAAUAAUGCAUCCUUAAACAUUUUAAUAAAGCUCACGAUAUUAUAGAGCAGGCUAUUUGUGCUGUGAUUGCACACGGCUGCAGCGGGACAUGGCGAACACUCUGGAGAGAGAGAUUCUGGAGCGCGAGCUCCGUCCACGGCUCUGUUAUUUGACUAAAGGAGAUCGCGGCUACGGAUUUCAUCUGCACGGAGAACGCAACCGAGGAGCGCAGCUCAUCCGCAAGAUCGAGCCGGGCUCCCCCGCGGACCUGUCCGGUCUCAGGUCCGGCGACCGGGUGGUGGAGGUGAACGGAGAGAACGUGGAGGGAGAGACGCAUCAGCAGGUAGUUCAGAGGAUCCUGGAGGUGGAGCACCGCACCAGGCUGCUGGUGGUGGACCGGGUCACAGAUGAGUUCCUGAAGUUUCACGGUCUGCCAUGUACGGAGGACAGGGCGAUUGAGAUGGGCUCUCUGUCCUCUCGCUCCUCAUCGGCGUCCUCUCCCCGCGCCUCCCCACGAGACUCCGCCACUCCUCCCUACAGCAGACAGAGCUCUGAGAGCAUCUUCAUUAAUAAGAGUCCCAGCAGCGCUGGAGGAGUGAUGAACGGCUCUCCGCUCUACAGAGCUCAUGAACGUCUGACGUCACCCGUGUUUCUGCCGCUGCCGUCACCUGGUGAACAUAAGACGGAACCGGAGGCCGAACCCUUCACAGCCGAGCCUGAACCCGAGUGUGAGCUCAGCACUGACCUCAACGAGUCACAGACCAGCACACAGGAGGAGACGGUGUUGGAGGAGGAUGUGGGAGUAACAAAUGACAACCAACCACCCUUGCGUCCCACAUUACCACACAUGACCAUCGGCGAGCAGGGCUACGGCUUCAACCUGCACUGCAAGAAGUCGCACGUGGGUCAGUUCAUCCGCUCGGUGGACCCCGACCAUACCGCACAUCUGUCAUGUAUGCAGGUGAACGACACGAGUAUCGAGGGCCUGUGUCACGCGGAGGUGGUGGCAUUGAUCAGAGCAGGUGGCACAGACACACGUCUGCUGGUGGUGGAUCCUGACACAGAUGAGCUCUUCAGCCGACUGGGCAUUGUGCCCACAUCUAUUCAUCUUAAAGAGGACUGUGUGGACGGGCCGAUCAUAGAGAGUCCUGGAAAGACAUAUUCAACCGCACACAGCCCUGUGUCUGCUUCACCGGUCCCAGACGCCCCCAAGAUCUCUCCACCAAUCAUCAACAUCACACUGACUGAUCCACCAAUCAGCAACGGCUCCCCAAGACACAAGAGUCACAGAAGCUCCUCCUCUCGAUCCACUUUAUCAGAGACCAGCACUGAAAUCAGCAGCUUUGACACCAGCAAAAAGCUCACAGAUUCUGACCAUCACUCCUGCGAUGACGGCCCUAAACCAAACCCAGGUGUGAUCUCUGAGGAGCGGCCGCUAGAUCCGUUCUGGGACAGCGGUCUGCAUCUGAGUCUGACCGCGGCCGAGGCCAAGCAGAAAGCCCAGGCCAAACGGCACAACAAGAGAGCGCCCCCUAUGGACUGGAGCAAGAAACAGCAAAUCUUCAGCAACUUCUGAGCAGCCACACAUCAUACAGCUCACCUCAGUCCUGGAGAGACACCACCAACACACACAGACCCGACCAAAGACAUGCAGCUUAGACAGGAUUAGAUCCACCUCCAGUAACCCAGGUUUCAGAUUGCAUUCAGGCUGAUCUGACAGAAAUGCAACACGUUUGUUCUAGAUGGACAUCAUUUUAUAGGUUUAACUGAGCUUAAUUUGGCAUUUUGUUGCUAGUAAGUGUUUCACAUUCAGCCAGUUGGUUGUUUUACCCAAUAAUGCACAAGUCACUUCACUGCCAUCGCAUUUCUACUCUUCCUGAAACGCAACAGCAGUUCCCACAAAGCAGACAAUAAGGAAGGAAUGAAAAGCGAGUAAGAAAACGUCAUUGCAAGGCAGAAACAGUAAGAAGGAAAGACAUUCUAAAGGAAAGGUGAGGAGAAAGUGAACAAAAGAUGGCAACUGAACAUCGAGCUGAGAAGCCAAAGGUUGUAGGUUCAAUCUCCAGAAGAAAACAAAGUUACGGAUCUUGCACCAUUAGAGAAAAAGCACAGUAAGUUGUGUUGGUUGACAAUGAACGAUCAGAAGAAAAGGAAGAUAAUCUUUACACGGUGAACACCUGUGGCUUAGAUGGAGAUCUUUAUGCUACUGUAUUACUCACAACAUUCACUCUUAGCAGAAAUAGCUACACUUAACAAAAAUAUUGAUGACAUCCUGCACUACACAGAUUUUCAUCCGAUCAGACAAUCUCUAGAAUUAGCAUAUUGGCUAAUGGCUGUUUUUUAAAGGGACGAUCUCCUCAAUAUAUCCCAAGCUACAAGAAUAUUUAUGUAUUUAUUUUCUUGCCAUGUUCUCAUAAAUGCUUGUUUAACAUUUCAAAAUCAAAAGUAAAAUGAUGUCUUUAAAAAUACACUAACACAUGACAUGCACAGAACUAGCUAUUAAUAAUUAAUAACAUAAUUGUGUAUAUUACAUCUAAUAUAUUUACAUCUGAGGCAUGUUGUUUUAAGUCAAUUAAUGUACUGUAUAUGAGUCAUUCUCAGAAAUGUCCACUUUUGGUUUGCCAAGAUGUCUAAAAAUGUAUUUAUUUUUCUAACAUUUAAACUUAGAUUACCUUUUGACUUUAUGAAUACACAUACGAGACAGCACAAUGAUUUUUUUGUAAUCUCCCCCUCUUUUUGUCACCAGUGUUACCUUACUUCUUUGGCAAUAUUAUGAAAUAUUAUUUCUCGAUUUUUCAGCACAUGUAGUCAGAGUUACAGAAAAAUUAUUAUAAUGCAACAAAUAAGAAGAUUGUGUUUUAUUUAUUUUAAUCAGGUUUGUUAAAAGUGUGAUUGAAUGAUGUUAGUUCAUUUGUGCAACCAUGUAUUUUCUAUAACAAUGAAUAUAUAAAUAUAUAUAUAUAUAUAUAUAUAUAUAUAUAUAUAUAUAAACAGUUAUAAACAAGUAAUGAUGCAAUCCUUUA